UUGUCUAUACGUGUAGCCUAAAAACGUACUUGAUAUGUUCCAAUUUUUACGGUCAUAAAAUUAACAUCCCCUCCCUGACAAGCGCAGUGAUCGCCAUAUUGGAAAUAUCUAUAAAUACCAUAGUAAUUUCCAUUCCCUAAAAUAGCACAAGUUGUAGAUUUUACUGAGCAACAUUUUACUGGACACUAAAAAUAGAAAUCGCCUGGAUAUUUUUGCACAUCUCGUGGUAUUGUUUUGAGGAAACACAUUUACGUUUGAAAAAAUGGGUCGCAAGAAAAUCCAGAUCACGAGAAUUAACGAUGAAAGGAACCGGCAGGUGACGUUCACGAAGCGGAAGUUUGGCCUGAUGAAGAAGGCGUACGAGCUGAGUGUUUUGUGCGACUGUGAGAUCGCGCUCAUCAUCUUCACAAGCAACAACAAGCUCUACCAGUACGCCAGCUCUGACAUGGACAAGGUUCUCCUCAAAUACACUGAGUACAACGACACUGUCGUCAGUCAGACAAAUAAGGACAUCCUCGAGCUGCUGAAUAAGAAGGAACAGCGGGGUAACGACAGCAUGGACGGUGACGAUGAUGAUUACAACCUGACUCCGCGCACAGAGGAGUCGUACAAGAAGAUUGAUGCAGAGUACGCGCGGGUCAUGCAGCAGACACCGACUACGUUCCAAGUGACACCUUAUACUCACAUGCCAGUAGCAGUCCCAGUGAACUCUACACAGUUACUAACACAAGGAGUUGCCACAAUUACUCCAACAGCAAGUUCUGGUGGUUCCAUUUUACUUCUGCAGUCCUCGGCACAGACCCCAGUCAACUCUAUUCCCAGUCCCUCAGGAAGUCGAUUAAGUCCUGCACCAGCCACAAUCCAGGCCUCACAUCAACAAAGCACAUCACCGGCUCCGCUGAAAGAAUCGCCACAAGAACUGAGUCAGAAAAAUAAACCAAACCUGAAGGUCGUCAUACCCGCACGAGCGGUGCACGAAGUUGUACCAGUGUCCAUCCACGCACACGGUCAAGUCCCAUCCAGAACAGUGAGCCAUGCUCUUGAGACGCCAGUGGUUAGCGGUAUGGUUACUCCCGCCAACACAACCAAUCCAUCCAUACCAACAUCACUGUUAUCAGGAGAGUUUCAACUUAGCAGUGCAGACCUAGCUGGAUUGUCUCCCCUCGUGAGCCAGUGGGUGGCAGGCCAUCAUCCUGGUCCGCUGACGGCAGCAAUUCAGUCGUCAGGCCUCGCAUUUACACCAGGGGGUUCGCUUUCGCUGGCUGCAACCACUCAGCACAUCCAGAUCCCUGUAACUACAAUUAAAAAUUCUGGCAGUGGCAUAGUAAAGAUGGAGCCGGUAUCGCCCAAUCACGACCACUCUAUAUCCCCGUCACAGCAGCGGCAUCGCACGCCCCCGCCUGCACCAGACGAAGAGACGGAACCACCGGAAAAACGCGGCCGAUCGUCGGUCAACGACUGACAGUAGCUGUGUGUACAUAGGUUAACCGAGUGCUGUGUAUUAUAGUAGACAUGGUUAGGAGUGGAAGGAUAAUGUAUAUUGUGGCGUGCAUUCACUCGUUUCAUCCAUUACAUUAAGUAGCGGUUCAUUUCUCCAUGCCUUAAUGUUACGUUCCCGGAGAAACAUUAUUUUUUUUUUUUUUAAAUUGUAUACAAACUAUACAAACGUUUUUUCUGUAUUUGACAUUUUCUUACAUCUUUUAAAACAAAUGUUUAUAUAUUUAUAUUUGUUUGUCGCUGUCGAUACCCAAACAUGUUCGUCCCACAAGAAUGUUUUAGACAAUUUUACAAUGCAUCAUUUCUCAGUCUAAAGACUGUUGUGCUAAUAUCAUUUUUAUUCAUUUUGUGAAUUGCACCAUGUGCAUAUAAAACCAUAAAUCUGAAACUGAGGCACACAUUGUGUGUAUGAUGUUACGUGGAUACCCACUCUUUGUGCGUGUCAUUACUUGGGCUCAAACUGUGUAUGUAUGAUGUUAUUAGACACGUAUAGUGUGUUUUUGAAGUUGAAUGAACUAUCCCAAGUUUGCUGCCCUUGCAACAUGAUAAUUCCAGGACUCUUUAACUUAAGAAUUGUCACCCACAAUAGUUUUUUUUAGUUGCCAUGGGUGAAACAGCACACCAACAGCAAUUUUGAGCCUGCCUAUGGCAGAUGUUUUUAAAAGUUACUUUUGCAGUAAAUAAAUAGGACUGAAAGGUUAUUUUGUUGGAUGUAGACAUAUUUCAAUUGUAUAAAUGUCAGAUACUGACAAAAUAUACACCAUAUAUAUUCGUUUUGCACUCGUUAAGUUUUACAGACAGUAGUAAUUUUUAUCCAACUGCACAAAAUUGACGUCGGUGAUGCAGGUGCAUCUUGACAAUUUAUGUCUCGAUGACAGCAAUUGUCGUCGGUGCCGUUGUUAAGUUCGAACCCUGUAAUUCCAUAUGUACGGAUAAAAUAUACACAAGGAAAAAAUUUGAAAUUUGACCUCCUACAGAUAUUAGAACAACCCAGAAACACUGGAUAUGCAGACAUUAAUAUUCAUAAAGAAUAAUAAUGUAUUUAAAAUAUAAUUUUAGUCGUAAGUAAGGAUGAAUUGUCAUAAGUAAGGAUGAGUUGGUCAAAACAUGCUACAAUGACAGCAACUUUGGUAUUGUUCCAUUAAACUCGACUCCGGUUUCAGCAUCGGUGCCCAGUGUAAAAUAUGCUUUGUAAAGCUUAGCCCAAGUAUGCUCAUUUUUUAAUACAAGAUUAAAAUACUGGCUCCAUAUUGUUGCCAGCAGCCGCAUUAAUCGGCCAGAAAUACAGCCAUUUGUUUUAUCUCUUUUAAACUCCUUUUGGUGUAAGUUUAUUAAGAUUAACACAUCAAUUCGGGGCUUUACAGUUACUCCCAACAUCCACUUUUCCAGUGGAAUUACAUGCCUCUCCAUUUGUAUGUGUCUCGUCUAAAAUGUGCUUGUCCCACUCAAAUGUUUCUGUUGAAAAGAGUCCAGGAUUGAAGCAAUAUUUAUGUGGUCUGUUGUUAGGCAGGAAAAUCUAUGUUCUUUUAAAACAAAAAUGUCAAACAUAUAAUGUAAAAUUCAUGAAUAAAUUAUAGUUUUGUCAAUAUACUGAUAUUUUCAGUGGAAAUUUACUUGCCAAAAUCACUUGUCUCGUACAAGUGGAUAAACCUUAACUUUGAGCUCUGGCACAUCAUUAUUUUAUAUAAACAGAAUUAAAUUAAUUCACAGUGAUUAAUUAAAAUUUUGCGUUAAAGUUUAACUUUUAAAGUUUAACGUUUUUACAUCAGUUUCUCACAAACUAUAAGUCCUAG